AGAACCACCAAGGCGGCCGCUGGCUGUCAGCUCACGGAGCCCGCCCCGCGGCCGGCAGUCAGGCCGCCAUGCUCUUCCGCUCCCAGACGCCCGGCGGCGGAAGUCGUCACUCGUGGAGGGACUGAACCCACGCCGCGCACCAGGCAGCAGGCUCGUCAUGGCGAUGGGUGGUGGCAGCGGCGGCGGCGGCAGCGGCAGCGGCGUUCCCGAGCCGGAGGACUCGGUGCUGUUCCGGCGUGGCACAGGCCAGAGUGAUGAUUCUGACAUUUGGGAUGAUACAGCACUGAUAAAAGCUUAUGAUAAAGCUGUGGCUUCAUUUAAGCACGCACUAAAGAAUGGUGACAUUUCUGAAGCUUCAGAUAAACCAAAAGGCACACCUAAAAGAAAACCUGCUAAGAAGAAUAAAAGCCAAAAAAAGAAUAACACAACUCCCUUGAAGCAGUGGAAGGUUGGUGACAAAUGUUCUGCCAUUUGGUCAGAAGACGGCUGCGUUUAUCCAGCUACCAUUGCUUCAAUUGAUUAUAAGAGAGAAACCUGUGUUGUGGUUUAUACUGGAUAUGGAAAUAGAGAGGAGCAAAAUCUGUCUGAUAUACUUUCCCCAACGUCUGAAGUAAUUAAUAAUACAGAACAGAAUGCUCAAGAGAAUGAAAAUGAAAGUCAGAUUUCAACAGAUGAAAGUGAGAACUCCUCCAGGUCUCCUGGAAAUAAGCCAAAUAACAUCAAGUCAAAAACUGCGCCAUGGAACUCUUUUCUCCCUCCACCACCUCCCAUGCCAGGAUUAGGUCUGGGACCAGGAAAGCCAGGUCUAAAAUUCGGUGGCCCACCACCACCGCCACCACCGCCGCCACCCUUCUUGUCAUGCUGGCUGCCUCCAUUUCCUUCUGGACCACCAAUAAUUCCCCCACCGCCUCCCAUAUGUCCAGAUUCUUUGGAUGAUGCUGAUGCUUUGGGAAGUAUGUUAAUCUCUUGGUAUAUGAGUGGCUAUCAUACUGGUUACUAUAUGGGUUUCAGACAAAAUCAAAAAGAAGGAAGGUGCUCACAUUUCAAUUAAGGAGUUAUUCAUACAGUGUUCUAUAAUAGGUGCAACUGUCUCCCAAGGAGAAUGUAUUUUGAUGUGCCCUGGUCGAUGUGAACAAAAGUUUCAUCAUUUUCUUCAUGAAUACUUGGAUAGGUGCAUGUCAUCUACAUUUCCCCUUGUUGGAUGUGUCUCAUGCCUAAAUAACCAGUUAGGUAUUUGGAGGGAAUAAUUCAUUUGAAUAAUUGAACAAUGGAAAUGUGAGUGAUUGAAAGAAACUCUAGGUCACAUACAGUGCAGAAAAUUUAUUCUGUCAAAAUCACAAUUAAGCACAUUUGUAUAUUUUAGCUUUCUUAGUAAAUAUGUUAAGCUUUUUAUUAAUACUUUAAAAAUAAAUGAUCAAUCUUUUUUUUUUUUAACCAUGACCAUCUGAUUUUUUGGGGUGGGGGUGCAGAACAUACAUGGUAAGUUGGAGUCUAUCUAAUGAUGUAGAAAAGCACUCCUCAAGCUUAUUUGGUAAAGGAUAGUAUUGAAAGAUGCAAGCACUUGUAAAACAAUGUUGCUGAUAAUUCAAAAUUAGGGAACAAAGCCUUGCUGAAGCUGAAUGUCAUAGUCAUAGGACUGGACUGGGCCAGUCAGGAACCAAGGCUGUGUCCUGUUGCUUAGACGUUAUACUGUCAGUCUCCUCCUUCACCUUUUCUUAUCUGUCUACCUCUUUUCUAGCUUUCUCCACAUCCUUGUCAUGCAUACUGCCUAACGUGACUGCCCAAGCUAUUGUCUCUUCACCACUACCUUGCAGUUCCAUCUGCCAUCCCUUUGACUAUAUGUCUCUCAGUUCAAAUUCUAUGGAGAGGUAAAAGUCACACUGUUUAGUCUAAGGAUUAAUGUCCAUGUGCCAGAGAUUCUCCCUAGUCCAUUCAGCCAUGGGAGAAUAUGUUAAUAUGUUAAGUGCUUUCUUUCAGAGGUUUUUGCUUGGACAAACUAAAUGUGCCUAACAUAUUAGUAGCUGCCCAGUAUUUGUUGAAUAAGUGAAUGAAUAUUCAAGUGCCUGGUAAGUAAGCUUUGCAGAAUGGGAUGUUCUAUGGCUAAAGCUUUUUUGUACAGGGUAAGUGGAAUUUUAUCUUUUUUCAUGACAAUCAGCUAAUAUUUUAUACAUCUAGUGUAUAUUAAUUGCCUAAGUAUGUGCUGGGAUAAAUUUAGUUAUGAAGGUAGCUUACUUGCUUUGUAAGAUUUUUGAAUGUUACCCCCCUUAAUACCUAAUACAGUUGAAGAGUAGUUGUAGGUUCAUGAAAGUCAUUCAUUUCAGCAAAUAUUUAACUUUGUGUUGGACACUCUUCUAGGUGCUUGGGAGACAGUAAUGAACAAAACAGAGGAAAGUUCUUGCUUAAAAUGGUUAAGAACUAGCUAGUAAACAAGUAUAAUUUAUAAGGUGGCAGCUAGUGAUACAUGUCAGAUAGAAAAGUGAAAACAGGAAAGGAGGUUAGGCAGAGUGGGACUGGAAGCAGGGAUGCUUUUUAAAAAAUGGUCAGGGAACUCCUCAUUGAGGUGACAUUUGAGCAGAGAUCCAAAGGAAAUGAGAGCCAUUCACAUAAGUAGAGGGAACCUCCCAGGGAAAGGCGUGAAGGGAAUAGCAAAUCAGCUUGGCUUGGAGUGGAAGUGAGCAAGGAGGAAAGAUUGAAGGAAAGGAGGUAAGAGAGGUAGCCAAGGGUCAGGUCAUAUGUAGGCCAUUGCAAGGUCUUCAGCAUUUACUUGGAGCUAGGAAUCCAUUGGAAGAUUUUGAACCAAAGGUGUAGCAUGAUCAGAUAUAUAGAAAGAGCCUUCUGACAGCUAUGUUGAAAAUACACCAUAAAUUUCAAGGGAGAAAGCAGGCUGAUUACUUAGGACCAGUGAGCUUGGAUCUGAGUGUAUUUUGCAGCUGGAGCUCAGGAUUUGCCAAUAGAAAGAAAGUAAUCCAGAGUGACUCCCAAGGUUUUUGGCCUGAGCAAGUGGAAAAAUAAUGAGAUGGAGAAGUCUGCCUCAAGGGUACUUCUGUGGAAGGGAAGGAUAGGAGUUGGGUUUGGACAUGUGUAAUCUGAAAUGCCCAUUAAUAGGAGUUGGAUAUGUAAAAAGAGUUCAAAGGAGAGAUCUGGGAUAAAGAUGAAAAUUUAGAAGGUAGCAUAGACCUGGAAUUUAAAGCUAUUCAAAUAGGAUGAGAUAGCCCAGGAAGUGCAUUUAAAUAGGGAAGUGAGAGGAGAACUCUGGGAUAUUCCCUAUGUUCAGAGAUGAGGUAUGAGGAGAAGCAGUAAAAGAGACAGCUCUCAAUGAGUAAGGAAACCCAAAGGGAUGCCCUGGAAGCCAAAUGAAGAAAGCGUUUUCAGGAGUGAUGGGCGGUAUCAAAGGGGCCGAUAGGUCAGAUGCUGCUAACGAGUCACGUAGAAUGAGGACUGAGAAGUAUUCACUGAAUUUACCAAGGUGGAGAUCAUUGGUGACCCUCAUAAGAGCUGUUUUGGUGAAACAGGAGGUGGGAGAGAAUGUAACAGUUGAAGACAGCACAUAAAAACAACUCUUGCAGGGAACUUUGUAUUUCUGAAUUUUUGUUACAUUUGGGUUAUUAGUAAAAAUCCUAUUAGAUAUAACUUUGAAGUUUUGGUGAAUCUCGUUUAAGUUGUGUGUGUAUACUGUAUGUGUGUAAAUUUUAUAUAAGAGUUCUUACUGUGGGUCAUGGUUAAAAAAAGUUUUGAAAAAUACACAAUUAGAACAAGAAAAUGCAGGGGAUGUUAAGAAAAGAUGGAGGAUAUAGGAGACAUUACUUGUGUGAGCACUGGUGAAGGAUUUAAGGAGCUGGAGAGGAUUAGAAUACGUGUAAGAAAGGGAGAAGUUUAGAAACAUAAGGGUGAGUGUCCAGGCAAUGAGGGAUGACCUAGGAGUUCUGUGGAAAUUGGUGUAUACUGGAAUAAAGGGCAUGGUGACCUUAUGAUCCAAAAAUACUUUUUUGUGGAAAUAACUCAUUCUCUAUGAAGGGCCAGGGCACAUUAGUUUAGCUUCAUAGGCCUCUAAAAAUGUAAAGACAUUCUUAACUCACAGGCCGUACAGGCUGUAGCUACACUUUGCUGCCCCCUGCUUUAUACUGGAAGCCCUUAGCAGAUGCUCUGGACAAUUAAUUUGCCCAGAGUCGUGUUAGUGUUUUUAAAGUAUCAUUUUUAAUAACAUAUGCAAGUGAUAUAGAAUUCAGGUAAUUAUAUGCAGGUAAAAAAAUGUAAACCUCCUACCCCUGUCCGCUAGCUAUCUUGAUCCUCUCUGUGGAGUCUGUCAUCACCAUUUUCUCAUGUAUUAAAGAAUUUUUCUAUGAAGGUAUGAACAUGCAUCUAAUAGUAUGUUAAUCUUAAGAAAUUUAACUAGGUUCUUUUUUGUUUAGGUCUGAACAAGUUAAUAAGUAAUACUUGUACCAUUUAUCAGGUUACUGCCUGUCCUGCAGUAAUGCAUCUGGACCCUGUAAAUGCCUCUCCCCUGUCAGCAGGCACAGUGUAAAGCUUUCUCAGUAGAGGUUACUGGUGAGACACUGGAGGGGCAAGAGACUUCUUUUCCUGAGUCCAGUGUGCCUCUCUGGCACAUGGUUUCCGCAGCCUUGUGCAGUGCCUGGCUUCAGCAGUACCCAGUGGCCAUCAGCACCCUCACAUGAAUGGUUUCCUGUGACACCCCCCAAAAAACUUUCUAAGCAAAGUGUCCCAAGCUUACACUGUCUUGGGCUGUAACUCGCCACCCUCUCUGUUGUCCAUGGCUGUACCUUCUCCACCAAGGUCUGGAUCUCAGUCCUGGGUUUCUUUUUUUGGUGCUCUGUCUCAGCCUAGGGUGAAGAGCCAGUAGGCUGUUCCCUAUACCUGCUUCGAGUUCUCCAUUUCAUACUACAGUCUGCUGUCACAGUUAAUAACUUUUUAUAGUAAACUUCCCCCAAAUUACUAUGUGGUGUCUCUCCUGAUCAGACUAAUACAAUGCUUAAAACCUUUCUGAUUACAAAAGAAUUAGAUAUAAAAUCAGACCAGCAAGAAGGUAACUCAUCUCACCUUCUAAUAAUCUCAUCCUCCAGAGCAAUUAUUAAUGUUGUAAUGCUAAACUAGUUUUAUACUUUAUUAUUUAAAUAAAACAGGUACUUGUAAAACAAAGCAGUACAAAAAGUAAAAAGAAUGCCUUCCAGUCCCACUGUUUAACAACUUAGACUAGUUAUCCACUAUUACCAUUUUGUAUAUUCUUCCAGAAAUUCUUAAUGCAUCUAGAAACAUGAAUAUAGAUAUAUAUAAUAUAUAUAUGUAUAUUUAAACAAACAGAAUCAUAACAUAUACACUGUCCCUAUGUUUCAUUGUAAAAAUAAAAAGGCAAAAUAACGGUUUUCCAACUUAUACUAGCAUCAUGAAUUUGCAGUGGCCUCCUAGCCAUUCAGAAAACUCUUCUACUUAACUUGGUAGGAGUGAAAUUCUGGACACAAAGAUGUAAACAUCCACAUCAAAUGUAAUACCUUGAACCCUAUGACGUCACUGACAGUAUGUUCUCCCUGAGCAGAGUGGAGUCAUAAGAAAAUUCUAACACCAUUUUAAAUGCAUAUGUUGAACUCUCAAACAUGUUAUCUAAAAAAGCAUUGAUACUCAAUAUUCUUGAAAACAGAUUUAGCUCAUUUCUAAUAAAGCUCAAUUCUAAACUGCAUUUUUUGCUUAAUCAAUAAACACUGAAUCAAAAGCUUCCAGAAUACAAGCGUUUCCCCUAAAUCUUAUUUCUUUACAUUGGCAGUAGAUAAAGGGAAGGUACAAAUAAACCCUACUAUACCAAAGUUAAUUAAAUAUGCAAAACAGACCCUACAAGAUAUACAAGAUUAAUACCUGUUGUUUCACCUUUGUGUAAAACUGAUUUAGUUCUUAAGUUAGCCAUUUCGUAAUAACUUGAAUAUUCUUUUGUAUUAAGACUUUAAGGUAGAUUGGUGCACUUCUUCCCAGCCCCAUCCUGUGGCUUUGUGUUCCUGUUUAUCGUAGCGAGCCUGAUGUUUACCCAGGGUAAUGAAGAGUUAGAUGUGUAAACUUGAUUGAAGGACUCAUCUUUAAUUGGGGAGGAUCACUUAGGAACUUCAGAGUUACUGGCAAUAUCUAUUUCUAAACUCAGUAAUGGGUAAGCAGGAUGUUUGGUUUUUGUUUUUUUUUUUAAUUACAUGCCUUAACAUUAUAUUCUUUUGUGUGUAAUAUUUAAUGGUUUUUGGAUAAUUAGGUUUUUAGAAUUAUUGAUGAAAAUUCCCAAUAUAUCAUUUUUUAGCUAAUUCUAUUUCUGAAUGACUGGCAAGAAUGGCAGUACCCAUUUCCAGAAAAAGGUUAAGUGUUUAGAUUGAGGAUGCCUUUCUUUCAUGGCAGUAAGCAGUGUGAUGUCUUCUGCAUCCAGGAGCCAACUUAACAUGUUAAGUCUGGUGAGGCUUGGCAGUCGUAGCACACACUGACUCAAAGACUUGACUGUUCUGGCCUGAGCUCUUAUACAUUCUGUGAAAUGCCUGUUGAUAGUUAGUUCUCGCAAGUUUGGCAGGUUGUCCAGUGCUUGAAAGAAGUUUCUAUAUCCUUCUUCUGUAAUCUUGUGAUUAAUUGAAAGAUCUAGCUUCUCAAGUUUCUGGAAACCUCCAUCGACUGCUCCCUUGGCUGUAAAAGCAAAACUAUUUACAUAAGUGGAAUCAUAUGGACUUCUUUUCCAGUGCUUAGACUAGGUUAUUUGAACCAACCUCCUCUCUCACCAUCACUGAAAGUAGAAAAUGCCCAAUUAAAAAAACAGCUCCUUAAAAAUUCCAAAGACCUGACAAGUUAAUAAAGAACUACAUAGCCAAAACCAAAGGAAAAAGCAGAAACCAGAGAACUAAAGCGAAGCUCUAGAGCACUGAAACCACUUUUACUAUGAGUGUAUUGCCAUUCCAUAUAAACAAAAAGUGAGGAAAUUAAUUACCAGCCCAGCCACAUUGAAGGAAAUACUAAAGAAGUUCUUCAGGCAGAAAGAAUAUGGUCCCUGACAGAUGACUAGAAAUCCAGGAGAGACAAAGGAGCAAUAGAGACAGUAAAUAUAUGGAAACUCUAAAUAAUGUUUAAAACAGUAAUUUUUCAUGGAGUUUCAAUUUAUGCAGAAUUAAAAUAAAUGACAACAACAAUGCAGAAGAUUUGAGGGAGGUAAAUAGAAUUAGAUGUCCUGGAGUUCCUACCUUGCUCAUGACAUGGUAAAAAUACUAAUUUAUAUUAGUGUCUAAUAACUCAGGGAUGUAAAUUUUAAUAUAUAUGAUACCACUAAGAGGGUAAGAAUGUAUAAUAAGCCAGUAGAUGGGGGAAAUGGAAUAAUAAGUGAAGCAAAAAAAGAAAAAAAGAAUAUAUCUUAUGGGACAAAUUUUUUAAAUAGCAAAUAAAGCAUAUAUAUAAAUUCAGAUAUAGUAAGUAUAUUAAAUGGAUUAAUACUCCAAUGAGAAGUAAAAGAUUAAGAAAUUACAUUUUAAAAAACCUAAUUGUAGACAUCCGGUUAUACAGACAUAACAAGAGCCAUACCUUAAAUAUAAAGAUACAGAAAGAUUAAAAGUAAAAGGAAGGAAAAAGACGUGAGACACAAUUACCCAAAGAAUGCUGGGGUAGCUAUAUUAAUGUAUGAUGAAGUAACUGACUUCAAGGUAAGAAGCAUUACUAGAGAUGAAGAGGGUUGAUCUGCCAAGAAGAUUUAACAACUCUAACUUUCUAUGUACCUAGGUUUAAAAUACAUCAAGCAAAAACAGAACUAGAAGGAAAAGAAGACAUCCACAAUCAUGAUGGGUGAUUUUAAUAUACCUUUUCCAGUUACUGACAGAAUAAGCAAACAAAACUAAAAACAAGGAUUUGAGUACUUUCCACACUUGAUAUUAACUGUGGAAAGCUCAUUUUUUUUCCAAGUGAAAAUGGAACAUUUACUAAAAUUAACCACUUUAGUAUGUAUUUUGUAUUAUGCUGGCCCAUAAUACAAGUCUCGACAAAUUUCAAAAUUGAAAUCAUACAAUGAAUAUUCUAUGAUAACAGGGAAAUUAAGCUCAGAAAUAGGAACAAAAAGGUUAUUAGACAAUCCUCAAAUAUCUAGAAAUUAAGCAACACAUUUGUAAAAAACUGGUGUGGCACGAAAAAAAUGACAACUGAAAUUAGUAUUCUGAACUGAAGAAUGAAAAUAUGACACUAAAACUUGAGAGGGAGCUAAAGCCAAAGUUAGUGCUAUAACUAUCCAUCUCAAGAAAACUGGACAAAACAAAUUAUACCCAAAGAAAGCAGAAAGGGAUAAUAGAGGUGAGAGGAGAACUAUUAAAGAAAAGCAUAUGUAGACAAAAAAAUUAAAAUUGAUCAAUCAGGUUAAAAAAUAGAGAAUGUAUAAAUUAAUAUCAGAAAUAAAAAGAUGAAUAUCAUCCCAGAUCAUGUAUUUCUAAUGAUUAUAAAUAAACAUUAUGAGCAAUUUUAGAAAAAAUUAGAAUUCUUAGAAAAAUGUAACUUGCCCAAACUUGCCAAUGAUAACACAUAAAUGUGUACCAAUAGAAACUGCACAGUGAGGUGAAACAACUAUCGGUAGGACUGUAAGUCGGUACAACUAUGGAAGACUAAAUAUAUACCAUAUGACUCAAAGCCUAUCCCUAGCAAUAUCUCUAUAUAUACACAUCAAAGGUCAUGUAUCAGAAUGUUCAUAGCAGCAUUGUUCAUAGUAGGCAACUAUUGUAAACAACUCAGAUAGCCAGUUGAAUGGAUAAAUAAGUUGGGCUAUGUACAGUCAUACAACGGGAUAAUAUAUAGCAAUGAAAAUCAGUCACAUGCAUCAAUGUGCAUUAAUAUCACAAGUAUAAUGUUGAGCCCAAAGAGGCAGACACAAGAGCACACACUGUGUAGGAUUCAUGACAUGAAUUUUAAAACAGGUAAAACGAAUCUAUGGUAAAAGAAAGUAGUAUAAUGAUCACCUUUGGGAAGGAGGGGAACGCAGUAUCAGUAGGGACACAGAGGAGGCUUCUGGGAUGUAAUACUCUAUGUUAUAAUCUAUAUUGCUACCCAAGUAUGAAUAACAGUUUUCAAGUACGUUCACUUGAAAAUUCGUUGAGCUGUACACGUAGGAUUUUGUACUUUUCUGAAUGUGUAUUAAUCUUCAAUCAAAAAAAAACCUAAAAAAAGGAGUACAUGGAAGGUUUGUGACCAGGUGUCUGAAACACUAGCUGUCAAGAGCACAGACUUGAGAGCUUGAAUAGUCUCAAACGGGAGGCUAUCGUUUACUUGAGAUCUGACCAAAAUGAACCUAAACACAGAACAUUAGAGGGAACGGUAUGAUGGUAGAAAUGAAGUGGGUUGAACAUUUUUAGAGGCGCAAAUGUUUUUGAAGAUACUUUGCAGCAGAAAGCUUGAGUAAUACCACUGGCUUUCAUGUGAUCCGAAACAGUUUAAGUGAGGGUAGCUCACCAAUUUCUAUCACGCUGUCGUCAUCCAAAGUGUUGAAAAAUGAGAGAACUCGGAGAUGUUGAAGAUGUUGACACUGCUGGAUGAUUAGUAUGGCCACUUGAUGAAUACCAUCCCCAGAAGGAAGCAGCAAUUCUUCCAGGUUAUUAAAAGAACCUAAAGUAUAGGC